AUGCCGGAAAUCCUUUUCGGCAAGCUCGACAACUUUGCACUGCUAUCGAUCCCGAUGUUCAUCAUCAUGGGCGCUUCAAUCGCGUCCACCAGGGCAGGUGCAGAUCUGUAUGAGGCGCUCGAGCGGUGGCUGACACGGGUCCCGGGUGGGCUGGUCGUCUCAAAUCUCGGCGCGUGCGCGCUCUUCGCAGCCAUGUCCGGCUCUUCACCGGCAACAUGUGCAGCCAUCGGCAAGAUGGGCAUACCGGAAAUGCGCAAGCGCGGAUAUCCGGAUGGUGUCGCUGCCGGUUCCAUUGCGGCGGGAGGCACGCUUGGCAUUCUCAUUCCGCCGUCCGUCACCAUGAUCGUUUAUGGCAUUGCGACCGAAACCUCGAUCGGCCGCUUGUUUCUGGCAGGCGUAAUCCCGGGCCUGAUGCUGGUCGGCCUGUUCAUGGCCUGGUCACUCUAUUCGACCUGGAAAUCCGGUGACGGCGGGCAAUUGAGUGCGGGCAGUUACAGCUGGGCGGAACGAUUUGAAAUUCUUCCGCGCGUUCUCCCGUUUCUGGCCAUCAUCCUUGGCGUGCUCUAUGCCAUGUAUGGCGGUAUUGCGACCCCGUCCGAGACUGCAGCAGUCGGUGCUCUCCUGUGCCUGCUGAUCGCCAUGAUCAUCUACAAGCUCUGGCAGCCGCAGGCGCUUUGGGUGGUCCUGCGCGACAGCACCAAGGAAUCGGUGAUGAUCCUCUUCAUCAUCGCCGCGGCCGGUGUGUUCUCGUACAUGCUCAGCUCAUUGUUCAUCACGCAGUCGAUCGCCGAAUGGAUCGGGACCCUUGAUGUGAACCGCUGGAUCCUGAUGAGUGCCGUCAACAUCUUCCUGCUGAUCGCGGGCUUUUUCCUGCCGCCGGUUGCCGUCAUCCUGAUGGCCGCUCCGAUCCUGUUGCCGAUCAUAACCACAGCCGGUUUCGACCCGAUCUGGUUCGCCGUUGUACUGACUAUCAACAUGGAAAUCGGACUGAUAUCUCCCCCCGUCGGUUUGAACCUUUACGUCAUCAACGGCAUUGCGCCGGAUAUCUCCCUGAAGACAAUCCUGACCGGCUCCCUGCCUUUUGUCGGGUGCAUGGUCCUGGCGAUCAUUCUCCUUUGCCUUUUCCCCGAGUUGGCGACCUGGCUUCCCGACGUGAUCAUGGGGGCGGCGGACAUCCUGUCGGGCUUCGAGGAUCUGAACGAUGAAGACAAGCUCGUCUUCUUCCGCACAGUCGCCGGCAGGCUCAACAUUGACCCGGAAAAAGUGCGAACCGCACUGGAUGCCUAUGAGAAGAACCCGUGCAAGGCGAGUUACCGGGACUUCAUGACGGCCUCAGAACCUCGAAGACAGGAACUCUUCCGGCGCUUGAACAGGGUGCCGGGAGCAACGGGCACACUCGUCAACAUGCGUGCGGAUCUGUUGAGGCUCGGCGACAAGGAUCCCGAACUCGAUGCCCUGGAUCUCGAUCUGCGGCACCUGUUUGCAUCCUGGUUCAACCGCGGGUUCCUGGUUCUCAGGCCCAUCAACUGGGAAAGCCCGGCCCAUAUCCUGGAAAAAAUCAUCGCCUAUGAAGCGGUUCAUGCGAUCCAUAGCUGGGAUGAUCUUCGCCGCCGCCUGGAACCGGCCGACAGGCGUUGCUUCGCUUUUUUUCAUCCGUCGAUGCCUGAUGAGCCGCUGAUCUUCGUCGAAGUCGCUCUGACAAAGGGAAUUGCAAACUCCAUACAGUCUCUCCUGGCGGAGGACCGGGAAGCGCACCCGGCCGAAGACGCCGAUACGGCUGUUUUCUAUUCGAUAUCCAAUUGCCAGGCAGGCCUGGCAAAUAUCUCGUUCGGCAACUCACUGAUCAAACAGGUCGCUUCCGAUCUGGCCGCUGAACUCGGUGGACUGAAGACCUUCGUGACCUUGUCACCCAUUCCAGGACUUACGAGAUGGCUGGAACGCGAAGGCGUCGAGUGGCAUGCUGCCGCGCCGGAAGAGAUGAAGGCCACGGCGGCCCACUACCUGCUGAAUGCAAAGUCCAGGGGCACCAGACCCUUCGACCCCGUCGCCCGCUUUCAUCUUGGCAAUGGCGCCAUCAUUCAUGCAGUCCAUCCAGAUGCGGACACGUCGGACAAGGGCCGCGCACAAUCCGGUGGAACGAUGGUCAACUAUCUUUACGACCUCGCCAAAGUCGCUCAAAACCACGAAAAGUUUGCAACGACGCAGGAAGUGAUGGCCGCGGAUGCAGAUUUCCUGGAAAUGGCUGCGAGAACCGCCAAUGUACUUGCGCAAAUCGGGCUGACAGCCGGUGACCGGGUCGCAGCACAGAUUCAAAAAUCGCCGGAAGCACUCGCGCUCUAUGCCGCCUGCGCCCAGGCGGGAUUGGUGUUCUUGCCGCUCAACACGGCCUAUACGGUCGAUGAGCUGACCUAUUUCAUCGACAAUAGCGGUGCUUCGCUGAUCGUGUGCGAUGGCCGCAGCAAAGAUGCUCUGGAGCCGGUCGCGGCGUCACUGAACGCGAAGAUCGAAACGCUGAAUCCGGACGGAACAGGCUCUUUGAGCGCGCGCGCCGCCGAGAUGCCGACACGUUUUGCCACUGUCGACCGAUCAGGCGACGACCUUGCCGCGUUUCUCUAUACUUCAGGCACGACGGGUCGGUCCAAGGGAGCAAUGCUGACGCAGAACAAUCUCCUUUCCAAUGCCGAGACCCUUGUCGGGGAGUGGCGUUUCACCAAAGGCGAUGUUCUGCUGCACGCACUGCCGAUCUUUCACACGCAUGGGCUGUUCGUGGCGACGAAUGUCGUCCUGGCAUCGGGGGCGAGCAUGAUCUUCAUGCCGAAAUUCGACCUGGACCAGAUCAUCGCACACAUGCCGGACGUGACCGCAAUGAUGGGCGUUCCAACAUUCUAUACCCGGCUGCUUGACGACCCGCGGUUCACCCGGGAACUGACGGCUCACAUGCGUCUAUUUGUGUCCGGGUCCGCUCCGCUCCUGGCCGAAACCCACGUCCAGUUCGAAAACCGGACGGGUCAUCGCAUUCUGGAACGAUAUGGCAUGACCGAAACGAACAUGAACACGUCCAAUCCCUAUGAUGGCGAGCGUCGCGCCGGAACCGUCGGCUUUCCGCUUCCCGGCGUGGAACUCAAGAUCACCGAUCCGGAGAGCGGUGCAACCCUGCCUCCGGGCGACGUCGGCCAGAUCGAGGUGCGUGGCCCCAAUGUGUUCAAGGGCUAUUGGCAGAUGCCGGAAAAAACCGCUGCCGAACUGCGUAGCGACGGAUUCUUCAUCACAGGAGAUCUCGGGCGGAUCGACGAGGACGGAUAUGUUCACAUCGUUGGCCGCAACAAGGACCUGAUUAUUUCCGGCGGCUACAAUAUCUAUCCCAAGGAAAUCGAGCUUGUCCUGGACGAUCAACCCGGUGUUGCGGAAAGUGCAGUGAUCGGUGUUCCUCAUCCGGAUUUUGGCGAAACGGUGCUGGGCGUGCUUGUGCCGGAGAAAGACGUGGCCCCGGAUAUCGAGUCAAUCCACGAAGCGGUCAAGACCUCGCUGGCGCGGUUCAAGCACCCGAAAAAGCUGAUCGUGAUUGAUGAACUGCCGCGCAACACCAUGGGCAAGGUUCAGAAAAACAUCCUGCGGGACAAGUUUCAGGACAUGUUCGCGCCGGCCUGA